AAUUAGUAAAAAUCACUUCUCUAAUUCAUUAAGGAAAAUAGAGGUGUAUCUCAUUUUUUGGUUUUAGAAAAGGAUUUGGUAAACACUUUUUUCUGUUUUCCUUUCCUCAAUUUUCCAACCAUUUUUGUUGUUAAACACGUUUUAUGUUUUCCUUUUUCCUAUUUUCCACUUUUCUAAAUCUUAAUCCAGACCAUGAGACCAAAUGAAAGGAAGAAAAAGUUCCCGCGGUCCGCCUAUCCCUCCGCACGGCCGCGGGCAGCACAUCGGAAAUCGGCGAGCCCGUGACUCCGAGUCGCAAGGUUGCAAAGACGCAGACGAUGCAGAGAGCUAGAGAUGCUCAGUCGGUGAGACGCUCAGCUAACCGCCGCCUCCGCUGCCUGCUACUCUGCCUUCUAAUAUGCUUGUGGAGACUGGACUUCUGGACCUUCUGCUUCUGCUGACUCCUAAUCGCCUUAGUUUUCUUUCAGGUGGGUGUGAACAACAAGAACAAAUCAUGCACAACAGUCACGUGGAACAAAGGAAGAUCCACAAAUGCAGACCACACUAGAACACAAUUGGAAUAGAUAUGGUAUAUGACACACACAAUGAAAGCUGUUACAAACGUGAAGAAACAUUAUUUUCCAUCUAGAACCUCCUCCACUUUUACCACACAACAACCUCUAAAUCCCAUUUUUUCUCGCUGCAAUCCUCAAAAUGUUGGCGAAACUCAUUUCAUAUCUCUAAUCCAUUCAUCCGAAUCCACCCUUAAGCUCAAAUCCAUCCAUGCCCAAGUCCUCCACCGCAUCUGCCACAGUGCUGAUUCAAGAAUUACCACCCAGCUUAUCUCCGCCUCUUGUCAGCACGGCUCCGUCAAUUAUGCCCUCUUAGUUUUCCAAUCUUGUGAUCAGAACUUGUUCCUUUUUAAUGCAAUGAUCAGGGGACUUUGCAAAAAUUCGUGUUUCGAGAGCUCCAUCAGGCAUUUUAAGCUCAUGUUAACACUUGGUGUGCAACCUGACCGACUAACGCUUCCAUUUGUGCUGAAAUCGGUUAUGGGUUUGGGUAAAAGAGAGUGGGGGGCUGUAGUUCAUUGUGGAAUAUUCAAAAUGGGUCUUGAUUCUGACUUGUUUGUGAGGGUUUCUAUGGUUGACAUGUAUGCCAAAAUUGGGUUGUUGGAUCCUGCCUUGCAGCUGUUCGACGAAAGUCUUGAGAGGAAUAAGGUUGAGAGUGUGCUCUUAUGGAAUGUGGCAAUUAAUGGGUGUUGCAAGGGUGGGAAGGUAAGAAGGGCAGUUGAAUUGUUCGAAUCAAUGCCAGAGAGGAACAUUGGUUCUUGGAAUAGCUUGAUAGAUGGCUUGAUGAGAAAUAGGGAACCCGAUAAGGCACUCGAGCUUUUUGAUGGGAUGGAGGAGAAGAACGUGGUUUCAUGGACUACUGUGAUUUAUGGGUUGAUGCACAAUGGGCUUCAUGAGAAGGCUCUUCAGUUGUUCUUUAAGAUGCUGGAUAAAGGUGUCAAGCCAAAUAAUUUGACUGUCGUUUCUGCUCUCUCUGCGUGUGCGAAAAUGGGGGCACUUGAAGCAGGGAUAAAAAUUCAUAAUGACAUGUUGAACGGUGGGUUCAAGUUGAAUACUGCCGCAGGAAAUGCUUUGUUGGAUAUGUAUGCAAAAUCUGGGGAUGUCGAGUCUGCUAGUCGGGUGUUUAAAGGAAUGAAAGUGAAAGAUAUAUGCACUUGGGGAUCUAUGAUAUGGGGUUUAGCAAUCCAUGGAUGUGUUGAUAAGGCUAUUGAGUGCUUUGAAACAAUGAACUUGUCAGGAAUCAUACCUGAUGAGGCUGCCUUGGUAGCAGUUCUAACUGCUUGCUCACAUGCCGGAAGGGUUGAUCAGGGUCUUAAGAUUUUUAAUAGCAUGAGAGCUAACAAGUACUCAGUGAUGCCCAGCAUGAAACAUUACGCCGUGAUAGUUGAUCUAUUUGGCAGGGCUGGCCAGCUGGAUGAGGCUUUGAGAUUUAUUGAGAGCAUGCCUAUGGAUCCUGACCACAUUGUAUGGGGGGCACUUUUUUGUGCUUGCAGUUUUCAUAAGAACAUUGAAAUGGCACAAUUUGCCACAGAUAAACUCCUAAAGCUUGCGCCAAAGCAUCCCGGGAGCUAUGUCUUUCUUUCAAAUGUUUAUGCCGGUGCUGGGAGAUGGAGUGAUGUCGAUAGAAUAAGAACUGUGAUGAAGAGUAAAGAUGUAGGGAAAGAUCCUGGAUGGAGUUCAAUUGAGUUGGAUGGUAAAGUGCACACCUUUAAAGCUGGGGAUCGUGCUCUCAGCCUACUAGCACAGGAGGAAAUAUAUUCAAAAUUGGAGGGAAUAAUGACUAACUUCUGUUACGAUUGAUGGUUCCUAAUGCACAGCUUUGGCAUGUCAUCAGGGAGUACAUUACCAAUGCGGAGAUCAUGUUCCGACGGAGUGGAGUGGCACAUGAAUAGAGAAAAUGAAAUUGUGUAGCUUAGAUUUAUGGAGAAUGGAGUUAUGAAGAUGAAUGAGACAAUCAGACAAAGGGUGGGAGUAGCACCUAUUGAAGACAAGAUGCGGGAGUCGCGUCUACGGUGGUUUGGUCAUGUGCGUAGAAGACCGAGUGAUGCACCUGUCAGACGAGUUGAGAUGUGUGGAGAAGAGGCAAAGAAGAGAGGGAGAGGAAGACCCAAACAGACGUGGGUUAGGGGAGUUCGAAGUGAUAUGCUUCUUCUGGGGUUGGAUGAGGGCAUGACUUUGAAGAGAACUAAGUGGAGGGCAGAACGCACAAUCAAGGGUUGCUGAGAAUAUACCACCUGUUCAAGAAAAUGUCACAGAUCAGAUUAAGCUGUGGGAAUCAGUUCAGAAUCUGAACAGGAUCGAAAGGAUGCCAGGCCAUUGUACGAGGAGUUAUCCUCGAGAAUAAACUCCGCACAUCGUCAAAGCAUCCAUAUUCUUUACGAAAGCCAGUUUGGUAGUGUUGUCUCUUUUGAACCGCGAUACUUUGUUUUUUCGAAUGCUUGUUUCGUGAAAGACUAAAAUAGAAAAAUGGUGCAGAUUAAAAACUCACAACAAUAAUUCUCCGCUCAUCAAAACAUCCAUAUUCCUUACUAAAGCCAGUUCGGUACUGUUAUCUCCUUCAAACCGUGAUACUUUGUUUUUUGAAAUGCUUGUUUUGUAAAAGACUAAAAUAGAAGAACGGUGCAGAUUGAAAAGUUACAACAAUAAUUCAGUUUUGAAUUCCAUGUGGCCAUAUCACAACAUUUCAACAUUGAGUUUUGUGAAAUAAAAUCGAUGGACACUUAAUAAAUAAGAAGUCUGGCACCUCAUUACCAAAAUACAUCUCCAUCUGUUGAAAUAGAGCAUAUAAGAGUAAAUGAUAUCGGAGAGGAAAGGAUUUUCUGUGUAUUUUAUUAGAGGGUUAAGGCCCUAUAUAUUAUUACAAAGAUGGAAUAUUCCUAUAUAAGAUGCUAUACAAUAAUAAUGUCUAGAGUAUAUUCCUAAAGCAUAUUCUAGAGCAUAUUCCUAAAGCAUAUUCCUAGAUACAAUAAUACUUUCACACUCCCCCUCAAGUUGGAGCAUAGAUAUUUAUCAUGCCCAACUUGUUACAUAAGUAAUCAACUCGAAUCCCAUUUAGAGCUUUAGUGAAUAAAUCUCCAAGUUGUUCUCCAGUCUUCACAUACCCGGUAGAGAUUAAUCCUUUUUGUAUCUUCUCUCGAAUAAAAUGGCAAUCAACCUCAAUAUGCUUUGUUCUCUAGUGAAAUACGGGGUUGUUUGCUAUGUGUAUAGCAGCUUGGUUAUCGCACCACAACUGAGCAGGCAUUGGUGUCUUCAAUCCAAUUUCAUUCAAUAAAUGGUGUAUCCAUAUUAUCUCACAUGCGGAUUGUGCCAUAGCUCGAUAUUCUGAUUCAGCACUAGAACGAGAAACCACAUUCUGUUUCUUACUCUUCCAGGAUACAAGAUUACCACCAACAAAGACACAAUAGCCAGAUGUAGAUCUUCGAUCAUCUUUAGAACCGGCCCAAUCAGUAUCUGCAAAGCAUUCUAUUCUCAUGUGAUCAUGGUUUUGAUAAACAAUACCUCGUCCUGGUGCUCCCUUUAAGUAACAUAAUAUGUGUUCUACAACAGCCCAAUGAUCAAUGGUCGGAGAUGACAUGUAUUGACUCACUACACUCACAGAAUAAGCAAUAUCUGGACGGGUGACUGCGAGAUAAUUAAGCUUUCCAACCAAUCUUCUAUAUCUUUUUGGGUCUUCAAACGGUGUGCCUUCUUGAGUGAGUUGCACGUUGGGAACCAUGGGUGUUGUACUUGGUUUUGCCCCUAAUUUCCCUGUCUCAGCUAGUAAGUCAAGUACAUAUUUACGUUGAGAUAGAAAUAUGCCUUUCUUACUUCGUGUUACCUCAAUUCCCAGAAAGUAUUUCAAAGAGCCAAGAUCUUUCGUCUGGAAUUGACUAUGCAGAAAAUUCUUAAGGGCCAAAAUACCUGCAUUAUCACUCCCUGUAAUCACAAUAUCAUCAACAUAUACCACAAGCAAUGUGACACCUGAUUCUGUUUGUUUGUAAAACACAGAGUGGUCUGAUUUGCCUUUUAUCAUUCCAAAUUGUUCAAUUGAUUGACUGAAUUUCCCAAACCAUGCACGAGGACUCUGUUUCAGACCAUAAAGAGAUUUGCGAAGUCGACAAACUUUACCAUACUCCCCCUGAGCAACAAAUCCCGGAGGUUGCUCAAUAUAGAUUUCUUCCUUAAGGUCACCAUGCAAAAAUGCAUUUUUAAUGUCCAAUUGAUGUAAGUGCCAAUCAUGAAUUGCAGCGAGUGAGAUAAGUAACCUGACAGAUGUUAAUUUAGCAACAGGAGAAAAAGUGUCAGAAUAAUCAACAUCAUAGGUUUGAGCAUAACCCUUCGCAACUAAUCGGGCUUUCAACCGAGCAACGGAUCCGUCUGGGUUAACCUUAACAGCAAAGACCCACUUACAUCCAAUAGAUUUCUUCUCUGUAGGUAAGUCAACCAAAUCCCAUGUACCAUUAAGAUCUAAAGCAUUCAUUUCCUCUACCAUGGCUUGACGCCAUUCAGGAUGAGACAUAGCUUCUUUGACAGAUUUGGGAACAGAAAUAGAAUCAAUGGAAGCAAUAAAAGAACAUGAAGCAGGAGAUAACUGAUUGUACGACACAAAUGAAGAAAUAGGAUGAGUACAAGACCGUGUACCUUUACGUACUGCUAUUGGGAGAUCAAGAUCUGAUGUGGAAACAAGAUCUGAAGAUGCAGAUACUGGUUCAGGACAUGAGAUCGGAGUCGAACUAGUAUCCAGAAAAGUAAUCACAGGUAUCGCCGGUGGAGGGUGAUCAGGUGCUUUGUGUCGACGGGUGUAUACCAAAUGUACGGGAGGCCUAGGGUCAUGAACAGUAACUUGUGGAAUAUUUGUCGAAAGUGUGGACUCGGGAAUAGUCAUCGUGUAAAUGAGAAUAUCAUCAUUACUCUCACGAAUAUCUGCCUUAGAUGAUGAAAAAGGUCUAUUUUCAUGAAAUGAUGCAUCAAUAGAAACAAGAUACCGACCAGUACUCGGACAAAAACAUCUAUACCCCUUUUGGACUCGAGAAUAACCGAAGAAAAUACAUUUUAAUGAUUUCGGAUCUAACUUUGUUAGAUGAGGAUUAACAUCUCUAACAAAACAAGUGCAACCAAAUAUUUUAGGUGGGAUAGGAAAAAGCUCUCUGUUUGGAAAUAGACAAUGAUAAGGAGCUUUACCAUUCAAAACAGAAGAUGGCAUUCGAUUUAUCAAAAAACAUGCAGUAGACACGGCAUCUGCCCAAAACUGUUUAGGCACAUUCAUUUGGAAUAGAAGAGCCCUUGCAGUUUCCAACAGAUGUCGGUUCUUUCGUUCCGCAACUCCAUUUUGAGGAGGUGUAUCAACGCAUGAAGUUUGAUGAAUAAUGCCAUGUUGAAGCAUAAAUGACUUAAAUGUAGCAGAUAGAUAUUCUUGGGCAUUGUCUCCUCUUAACACCCGAACAGGAACGUUAAACUGAGUUUUAAUUUCAGCACAAAAGGAAGAAAAAUGAGUGAACAACUCAGAUCGACGUUUCAUGAAAUACAACCAUGUCAUACGAGAAUAGUCGUCAACAAAGGUAACAAAAUAUUUAAAACCAGCUUUAGACACAACCGGGCAAGCACCCCAAACAUCAGAGUGAACAAGGUCAAAUGGAGCAUUUGCUCGUUUAUUAACUCGCGGGCCUAAGCUAGUACGAUGGUGUUUCGCAAAUUGACAUGACUCACAUUGUAAAGAGGUCAUCUUAUUAAAUUGGGGAUUUAUUUGCUUCAUUAAUGGGAGAGAUGGAUGUCCUAAUCGGUAAUGAGCAUCUAACAAAGUCCCAACCCCAAGACAAGAGAUACCUUUGGUGAUGGAUGUAUCCAAAAUAUAUAGACCAGCUGACUCAUGUCCUUUACCAAUAAUCUGCAUCGUUAACAGAUCCUGAAACACACAAUAUCCCGGAAAAAAUGUUGCAGAACAGUUAAGAGUACGAGUGAUUUUACUGAUGGAAAGCAGAUUAAAUGCAAAAUUAGGAAGACUCAAAACAGGCGAUAAUGGUAAUGUAGAAGUUGGAACAACAGUACCAGAUCCAAGAACGGGUGAGGUAGAUCCAUCAGCUAAAGUGACACUAGAAGUAGGUAAAUAUGAAUGAAAUGACGAGAAUAGACUAGGAUUACCGGUCAUAUGAUCUGUGGCACCUGAGUCAAUGACCCAUUUCGAGGAUGAAACAAGACACGUGUUUGAAAUACCUGAAUUAGCGGUUACCGAGAUAGGGACAGAAGAAUGCUUUAGAGUUUCUUGGUAGCAAAUAAAUUUGGCAUACUCGUCUGAAGAAAUAGCAAUUGAUCCAUCGGAUGAACUGGUAGCGGAAGCAACAUGAGCAAGCUGAUUUCCUUGAUUUUUGAACAACAAUUUUCUACAUUCUUUGAUCAAGUGUCCGGGCUUCUUACAAUAAUGACAUAUUAUUCUUCGGCCAGACUGAUCAAUGGAAGUCAUUUCUUUUUUUUUUCUCUUUUUUUUGUUGUGUCUGUCGGCACUAUACUCAAAGCAGUAUAUUCAAAUAUGGUGGAUGGGGAUAUUAAAAUAAACCCUGACACGAAACUUCCCUUCUGGAAAUUUUCAGAAGCAAGGACAGACCUCUCUCUCCUCACCAGAAGAAUAGAUCGGUUACCACCAGUUUUGAAAUCAACUCCAAAUAAGGCAGAUCACUAUCCAUGCCAAUUCCCAAUCUGAAGAAUAGUUUGGUAUACCUACUGUUCAUUUCAACAAUAGUAAUCGAUCCAUUUCCUACUUGUGCUCUAUUCCCUUAGAAACACAUCAGAUUAAAAAAAAAACCAGAGUGGGUUCCAGGUGAUAGAAAUAGAAUUGAAAUUCAAAAAACGAGUAAACCUGGAAAUCAAUAGCCCUAGAAGAUAAAGGAAACUAAGACGAGCCACUGAAAUUCUGAAUCGUAUCCGACGGAAAUUCCAGCCAGCGACUAGGUCUCACGCGCCGGCGCGUGCGUCGGCGUGGACUUCAGGCGGCGCGUGUGGAUCACGCGCGUCGAUUUUCUGCUGCGGACUUCAGGGGCCUGGUCGCCGGUGGAAUGUGUACCUUCUGGAAUCUGAGGUGAGAUAAGGGUUACUGGAUGCCUGGACCCCAAGGUUGCUGUGACGUGAUGCUGGUGUUCAAAGGCCAAGGGGCUGGGAAACUAAAAAAGAUAAUAUGCUUACUAAAAAUUCUAAGCUGAUUUUCUGAAAUGAUCGGAUGUUCUGAAAUGCUCUGAUACCAUGUUGAAAUAGAGCAUAUAAGAGUAAAUGAUAUCGGAGAGGAAAGGAUUUUCUGUGUAUUUUAUUUGAGGGUUAAGGCCCUAUAUAUAUUACAAAGAUGGAAUAUUCCUAUAUAAGAUGCUAUACAAUAAUAAUGUCUAGAGUAUAUUCCUAAAGCAUAUUCUAGAGCAUAUUCCUAAAGCAUAUUCCUAGAUACAAUAAUACUUUCACACCAUCCAUAACACUCGUAUGCUCCUCCUUUGUCCCAUCUUCACAUGACUUGUUUUAGGUUCGUCCUAAAAUUAAGUUCAUUUUACUAAAUUAAGUAUCACUAACGUUUUGAUUUCGGUUUUGUGCUAUUUUGUUUUAGUUCACCGUUUUCCUCUAUGUGGGACCCACAUUACUUUUGUUCUUUUUAUGAGGCUAAAAUAGUUAAACAACAGCUAUCUCCUUGGUUUAAAAGCACAUGCCAAUCCCAAAUGUAUCCUACAUUAAGAGGCGGGUGGAGGAAUAAUUUACCCAAAGUCUUUACUUUGCAGAACUUUCAGUAUUUUUUGUUCACAGAUCAAUACUUUUUUAAUAUCAUCAAUACAAAACAUGACAUGUUCUUUCAACGUUUGUUUCGCUUUGUUAUUGGAGUUUACUAUAUAUAUUUUCCCCGUUUACAGGAUGCUUUUGAGUCUGCUAGAAAAAAUGAGGACUGUUCUGGGAGGAGUACUCAAAGCGAAUGUCUGUUGUUGUAAAGGAAGAAGUUCAUGCUAUCAUGAAAGAUUUUGUUCGUCGAAAGCAAUAGUUUUUGUUGUGUGUUAAUUUUUAUGAGUGCGUUAGUUAAGUAUUGAGAUGUGCAGUUAAUACUCUUACUGGAACUUGGAUCAUUGGAUGUAUGUGGACUAGUGAUGGAUUCGGGCUGGGUCGGGCCGGGCCUAGGCCCGGUCGGGCCGCCGGUUCAAGAAAAGUGGGCCCGGGACCGGCCCGCGGGUUGGACGGGUCCGGUUCGGGCCGGGCCACCCGCCCGGGUCACGGGUCGGGUCCGGUUCGGGCCGGGCCGGUUAUUUUUUUUUAUAUAAUUUAUAUUUAUAGUUUAUAGUUUUAUACGAGUAUUAAAAACAAACUUCAAUUGUAUUUAUUUGAAAUGAAAUAGGAACUACAUAUAAGAGAAACAUUUUGAAAAUUGUAAUCAAACGGAACUUCCUG